AUGUCUCAGACUUUGACUCCCGAAGUUACGUGGGCUCAGCGUUCGUCCGACUCAGAGCCUGAGCGAAACUACCUUUACGUCAACAUCAAGGCUGCCGAUGUUCCCAAAUCCGACGCUACCCUCAGCAUCACCGAGAAGAAUGUUACUUUCAAGGGCCCCUCCAAGAAGGGUGUAACAUACAGCGUCUCCCUGGACCUCUUUGCCGAGAUCGAUCCCGAGAACAGCAAAGUCAACCACAGCGACCGUGAGGUCGAGCUCGUGCUCCGGAAGAAGGAACUCAAAGAGGAGUUCUGGCCCCGUCUUCUCGAGAGCAAGCAGAAGAUGCACUUCUUGAAGACCGACUUCGACAAGUGGGUCGAUGAGGAUGAGCAGGAUGAGGCUGGUGAAGAUGACUACGCCAACAACUUCGGCGGUGGCUUCGGUGGUGAGGACCCCAGCGCCGGUGCCGGUGGUUUGGGUAACAUCGACUUCUCCAAGCUUGGUGGUAUGCCCGGUAUGGGCGGUAUGCCCGGUGGCAUGGACCUCAGUGCUCUGGCCGGUAUGGCCGGUGGCGCUGGUGCCGAGGGUGCCGAGAAUGCCGAGGAGGACGAUGAUGAUCUCCCCGAGCUCGAAGAGGCUGAUUCUCAAAAGUCCGCCAAGAUCCAGGAGGUGAACUAA